UGAAAAUGGACGUUAGGGUUUCCUUUAUCAGUGAUGUGGUUUAGGCGUUCAGCUUGGACAUGAUUAUAUUAAUGAAGAACAAUAGCCAGGGAACCUAGUGCUCUUUCAGACAAGGUACUGAUAGGCCCAUAGCAUGUGUUAGUGGAAUAUCAUACUGAGCUAAGAACUAGGGCAAUCAUGGAAUCUUUAAGCUUUGAUGAAAUUUUAAAGGAACACCAGACUAGAGAUGCAUCAUCCAUUUCUUCUCUGCAACUUUCAAAGAGAGGACUCUCUAAAGUUUUGGGAUUCAACGAGUUUAGUAUCUUGGAGAGACUAGAUCUCAGCUGCAAUAACCUGUCGACUCUUGAGGGACUUAAGUCAUGUGUCAACUUAAAAUGGCUCUCGGUUGUGGAGAACAAACUUCAAAGCUUGAAAGGGGUAGAAAGCCUUUCGAAGCUCACGGUUUUAAAUGCUGGCCGAAAUAUACUUACAUCAAUGGAUGAGGUUAAGUCUCUAACAAGCUUACGAGCAUUAAUGUUGAAUGAUAAUGAUAUCUCUUCCAUUUGUAGACUGGAUCGUCUAAGCUUUCUUAAUACUCUUGUUCUCUCUCGAAACCCAAUACAAGAUAUUGGUAAAUCACUGGCUAAGGGGAAAUCUAUCGCAAAGCUGUCUUUAUCAAAUUGUCAACUGCAAACCAUUGGAUUAUCUCUAAUUUCCUGUGUAGAUUUGAAGGAGCUCCGACUUGCACAUAAUCGGAUCACAGUUCUGGGCAGCAGCGUAGGUGCUGGGUGGCGUAGACCCCCUUGGUCGUAUAGGUGCCACUCGAUAUUUUUUGGAACACUGGUGUCGAUUAAACAUAACAAGCUCCUUCAUGUUGAGCUGGCCCAUAAUGCUAAGCUUCAAAUCCUAGACUUGGGGAAUAACAUGAUCAGGAAGUGGUCCAGUAUAAAGCAGGUAAUUUCCAAUUUACAUGACCUGAAGAAUUUAAAUUUGCAGGGGAACCCCAUUGUUGAGAAGAGUAAUUUGGCUGUCAAGGUCCAUAGGAAACUCCCAAGUAUUCGUAUAUUCAAUGGCCACCCUAUCGAAAGCACCAUUGCAGACCCUAAUCUAUCUAAAGAAACUAUAUUACAAAAUCCUGACAAAGAAGCUGGUUCUAAAGAGGAGAAGUCAAAGAGAAAGAAGUCCAAGAAAAAUGAGAAGUUAGAAACUGAGGUAAUUGAUGAUAGGGAUAGUUCAUUUGUAGAUAUAAUUGUUUCUAAAAAUCAUGAAGAACCUGAAGAGAGUGAAAAGAAGAUAAGCCACAGGGGGGAUCUCGAAGUGAAGAAAGAUAGUGGGUUGGUUGCUGUUUUGCAAAAGCAAAAGAAGGCCAAAAGGAAACACGAGGUCAAGGGGAGUGCAACACUGUUGGUUGAGAAAGAGGAGAUUGGAAUGGGCGGGCCAUCAUUGUGGGAUAGCUAAUCAAAUGCUUGCCUCUCUCAAAAACACGUGUCUUUCAAACACAUUCACAUGCUCAGCGUGUCUGCACACAAGGUGAUAUAUCUGGUGCAACCUCUCUCUCUCUCACUCUCGCUAUUGCUCUCAGUAACUUAAGAUUUGAAGACCAUGGUGCUGUAUUCUUAUUGUAGGAAACUCCCACUAAUACUAGAGAUCGACCUCAGCGUUGGAUGCGCACUUGUUGUGUGAAAGAAAAAGGUCUGAUGCCUUGCAAAAAUUGAAAAAUAUUUUGAAAUUUAUUAUUAUCUUUUCAUGAACUCCAUUGUUAUUCCUUUAUCAAUGUCCGCUUUGGGAUUACCGUACAGAUGAAAUGGAAGAAAAGGCGUUAAUGUUUUA